AUGUACCUACGGGUAUGUGUUUACGCGCGAGUGGUACACGUGAUGGCCUCCCGGACACACGUGCAGCGCGUCCGAAUACUGUACAAGACGAUUUUGAAGUUACAUCGCGGCCUACCAGCCGAGAUCCAACCGCUGGGCAACAAUUAUGUUCGCGACGAGUUUAGGCGGCACAAGAAAUGCGUGGAGAGUGAGGCGAUCAUUUUCCUGCACGAGUGGACUGAUUACGCCGUUUCGCUUGCUGAGCAGCUCGGGUUGAGGGGUCCUCACACGGCACAACCGCUGGGGAAAUGUCUAAAGGAGGAAGACGUCGAGAAGCUGCGGGACGAGCAAGUAUGCCAGCUGUACGAGCUGAUGAUCGCGGCGACGGGCAGGCCCGAAGAUGACAAAACGUAGUUGUUACGCGUGUGACACACGCGACUCGCAAGGACUGAAACCGUGUCGCGGCUGAGACUCCAAUUGCUGUACAUUGUUGUACAUGUGCUCUCACGGAGCUGCACUGUACUGUAAAAUGAAAAUAAACUUGUGAAUAAUUUAGC